AUGGCCCCCCACCCCGAAGCCCACCUCCUAUUCCACGCCCCCAUCGCAGACCACUCCUUCUCGGCCGACAGGAGCCUGCUCGCCGUCUCUAGGGACAUCAAGGUCGAGCUCUACGGCCACGAGCCCGACGGCUCCUUCAAGUUCAAGGAGGAGCUCGUCGGCCACGAUAAGACCGUCACGAGUGUCGAUAUUGCGGCGAGGAGUGGGAGGAUUGUGACGUGCUCGCAGGACCGCAACGCCCUCGUCUGGGAGCCCUCCCCCACGGGCUGGAAACCCACCCUCGUCCUCCUCCGCCUCAACCGCGCCGCCACACACGUGCGCUGGUCCCCGGACGAAUCCAAAUUCGCCGUCGGCUCCGGCGCGCGCGCCAUCGCCGUCUGCUACUUUGAGCAAGAGAACGACUGGUGGGUGUCCAAGCACCUCAAGAAGCCGCUGCGCAGCACGGUCCUCUCCCUCUCCUGGCACCCCAACAGCGUCCUCCUCGCAUCCGGCUCCGCCGACGCCCACGCCCGCGUCUUCUCCGCAUUCAUCAAGGGCGUCGACCAGCGGCCCGAGCCCACGGCGUGGGGCGAGCGCAUCCCCUUCAACACCGUCUGCGGCGAGUACAUGAACUCGUCGGGCGGGUGGGUGCACGCCGUUGCGUUCUCGCCGAGCGGCAACGCCCUCGCCUUUGCAGCGCAUGACUCCAGUGUGACGGUGGUGUAUCCGGCGGCGCCGGACGCGCCGCCGAGAGCGGUUGUCACGGUGACGACGCAGAUGCUGCCGUUUGUGGCGCUGUGUUGGACGCGGGAGGACCAGCUUGUGGCGGCGGGGCAUGAUUGCCAUCCCGUGGUGUUUGAGGGGACGGAGGAGGGGUGGCGGCAGGCGUAUGCGGUGGAUGAUCCGAAUAAGGCGAAGCAGGGCGAGGCGCAGGAGAGCUCGGCGCUCAAUAUGUUUAGGCAGAUGGACCUGAAGGGGAAGAGUGGGGCGGGCGAUGAUGCGAGUCUCAAGACGAUCCAUCAGAACUCGAUUGCGAGCCUGAGGGCGUAUGAGGGUGCGGAGGGCGCGGUGGUGAGGUUUAGUAGUAGUGGUGUUGAUGGGAGAAUCGUCAUCUUCCCGGUUGCGCACUAG